AUGGCCCCAAAAAGAGAAGUUUCCUCAUCAAGAAAGUCUGAUCAGAAAAGGCCGCAUGAGUCCAGUCUGAGGCAAGAUGUACCUCCGGUCAAGCCAAGGCAGGACCCCUCUUCAACCUCCUUUACCCAUUUGAACAACUUGAGAUCCAACAUUCUGAUGGAAAUCAAAGAUUCGAAGGAACUGAAGUGGCCUCCCAAAUUGCGGUCUCCACCCGAUACUCGUGACAAGAGCAAGUAUUGUGAUUUCCAUAGAAAUCAUGGACAUACAAUGGAAGAUUGUUUCGCCUUGAAGAGGAAGAUUGAAGCUCUUCUAGAAUGGGGAUUUUUGGGCUCUUAUGUUAGCAAUGACAAGCACCCAAGGAAUAAUCAGAACAGAGACAAGUGCCCAGAGGGUUGGGGAAACAAGCAGCCAACUGUAGGUAUUAUCAAUAUCAUUGUCGAAGGAAUAGCCUUGGGGGGGAUUCAAGUAGCGGGCGUAAACAAUAUGCCAGGCAGCCUCCAAUCAUCUCGAAAUCAAAUAUCGGAUCUACAGAGGACAUCAUUUUUUGGAACGAGGGACUUGGAAGGCAUAGCAUUCCCUCACAAUGAUGCUCUGGUCAUAUCGGUCAUCAUCGCCAACUUUGAAGUUAAGAGAAUUCUGGUAGACAAUGGAAGUGCGGCUAAUGUACUAUCUCAUGAAACCUUUGUUCAAAUGGGGAUCUCAUCGGAACAGCUCAAGCCAAUCAAAAUGCCUCUCCAAGGGUUUGGAGGUGGGGUCAUCACCCCAGAAGGUAUUGUCGGGUUACCUUUAACAUUGGGAAAAGAAGGUAAAUAG